CUGAACAACGAUUGCCAAGAACUGCAAAGCGACGCAAAAAAUCGAGAAUGGAGCACUUAGCAUCACUUUGGAUGUAUAACUCAACACCAAAUUGGACUCGGCAUGAAGACAAGAUGUUUGAGAUUGGGCUUGUGCGAUAUGGAGAAGAAAGAGUUGACAGAUGGGCAAAAAUUGCAGAGUUGCUCCCUGGGAGAACAGACAAAGAUGUGGAACAACACUAUCUCAUUCUGCUGGCAGAUGUAGCAGACAUUGAUGCUGGGCUUAUUGAGGUUCCAAACUACCUCGACAACCCGGUUUUGUCAGACGAAAAGAAGGGCAAAGAGCCCAGGAAACAAGCACACCAAUGGACUGCAGAAGAACACAAGAGGUUCUUGGAAGGGCUAAACAGAUUUGGCAAAGGGGAUUGGAAGAGCAUAGCUAGACAGUGUGUUAGGACAAGAUCAGCUACCCAGGUUGCCAGUCAUGCUCAGAAGUAUUUUAUUCAUCUGGAGAAGGAUGCCAAGAACAGGACCAAGAAGAGGUCAAGCAUCUAUGAUGUUUCCUUGGAUGACUAAACAACCUUAUUAUCAUCUGUUGCUGCAUAUGUAGAAUGUG